UCCAGCGUUUCCAUGGAGACCAUUGAUGUUUAGGAAGUUGUUGUCUUUUGGUUAUGAUCUGCGCCUCCCUCAUCCCCCUCCCUGUGGCGGUGGGAAGCAGAUGGCAACUGGCUCUGAGCAGGCCUGGGCAGGGCCACAGCUGUCUGGCCGUGUUCACCUUACUGACUCGCGUGCGUGCACAGAGAACUGUUGUUGCGAGCCCCCCCGCUGCCCUGGUGGGGAGGAGCCUUGCAUACAACCCCCCUCCUCCAACUUUCUGCUUGCUCCUGGGAGCCGUUUGCACAUGGCCUUGGCACCUCACAGCUGCAGCCUGGCAGGCGAGAGUGAGAGCAGGAGCUUCCUGUUGCAGACAUCUUGCAGCAUCUUCGCUCGCUUAACCAGCUCCAGGGCAGGGAUGAUGGCUCGCAGCCAGACGUGACCGUCUUGAUCUGCCAUUGCAGCUUGUCUCCAGCAGUACUCAGGCUUUUCCCAGCUCUGCCUCCCUGUGAUCUUCCAACCCCAGCUCUGCUUCCUGGGAAAUCCUACAGGCAGCAUCGGGAUGCUCAGGCUGCAGAGCUGGACACACUGGUGAGUCACCGGGAGUGACUGGUCUGGUACCCUAAGGCAGGAAACAAGAGGAGAAGCUACAAAACCACCACUCACUGCAGCCAGCUUGGGCAUUUGAGAGAGCAGCAUGGGCCGUGCAGUGGCAGAGUGCUGAAGGGCGAGACCUUGUCGCACCCAUGGGCACUGGGGUAGAACCACAAGAAGCUUGCAUCUCUUCUCUGCAACCCCAGUGUCAAGCCCCCAGGCUGAUUGGGAAGGGACCAGCCUCUCCUCGUGCUGGGCCGGGAGCUGAGUUGCCCUCCAAAAUGUGUCUGUCCUCCUGCCACAGAGAUGAAGCAGGGAUGACCUCUGCUGAUGGAGGCUGGGCGCGUCGCCCCUGGAAGCCAGACCCUGGGCCACCCGUUUAUGCUCUGCCACUGCUGCUCACCGUGUUUGUCUGGCUGGCCACUGGCACCACCAUGUCUAGCCUCAACAAGUGGAUCUUCACCAUCCACAACUUCCGGUAUCCCGUGCUGCUGUCGUCCCUGCACAUGCUCACGGCUGUGCUGGUGGGCUACCCACUGGCCAGGCUGCGGGCACGGGAUGGGGGCAUGGCUCUGGGCGCCAGAACUAAGGCCAGAGUCUAUCUGCUGAGCUUGACCUUCUGUGCCAGUGUAGCCUUCGGAAACCUGGGCCUCAACUAUGUGCAAUUGGACUUUGCCCAGAUGGUGUACACCACCACACCCCUCUUCACUCUGAUCCUGUCCAAGGUGCUGCUGGGUCAGCGCCACCAUCUGCUGCAAUACGCUGCCAUGGGGCCCAUCUGCUUGGGCGCCUCCUUCAGCAUCAUCGGGGAGGUGUACUUCGACCAGGCCGGCUGCUGCUUCCUCUUCGCUGCCACCUUCCUCCGCGGAUUAAAGUCCUUACAGCAAAGUACCCUGCUGCAGGACAAGAAGCUGGACUCGGUCACCUUGCUCUGCCUGACAUCCCUGCCCAGUUUCUGCAUCCUCUUCACAGCGGCUGUGGUGCUGGAGGUGGGGGCGACCUGGGAGGGCAUGCUGCACUACGGCAGCACUCUCUGGGCCUGUGUCCUGCUCAGCUGCCUGGGCUCCGUCCUCUACAACCUGGCCAGCUUCUGUGUCAUCUCGCUGACCUCCGCCCUCACCAUCCACAUCCUGGGCAACUUCAAUGUGGUGGGAAACCUGGUGCUGUCGCACCUCCUCUUCGGCAGCCACCUGAGCGGGCUCAGCUACGCAGGCAUCAGUCUCACCCUCUCGGGGAUGUUCCUGUACCACAACUGCGACCUCAUUGCCAGCUACUGGGGCUCCAGGCUGGCUCUGGGCCAGGGCCAGGCAAAGCCAGAAUGAGUCCUGUGCUGGGGCACAGUGCAACCUUUGGACUGUAUAGACUGCAGUGCUCUGUGUGAGCGUGU